AUAACACUGGGGACCCGCGACAGUGGGACGAGACGAGGGCGGCGGUUUCCAUUGAUAGAUCGGCGAGUCCCCUCUGGAUCUUUACUGAGGAUUGAAACACGUUAUUUAAGAUACAAACCCUCACCAUCGAAGGUUUGGACAGAAAAUCCCUCUUCCUUGGCAACCAGGGGUUCUCCAGUGUUUGUGCCGUCAGGGGGAUGUCAGCAGUCUGUCUUGCGCGCCUGGCAAGGUGCAGCGGUCCUUAUGUUGGUCGCAGUGGUCUUUUACCGAUCGCUAUUCUCCCACACCCAUCCAAGCAGGACAGCCAACUCCAGGUUAAAGUCAUUUGGAGACAACUUUACAGCCCCUCUGGGAAACUGAACAGCAACACACGCUUUGAUGCAGACAGCAGUGGCCGCCCUACUACUUGGGACUCAUUUGGCAUCUGGGACAAUCGCAUUGAUGAGCCCAUCCUGCUGCCAUCCAGCAUUCGCUAUGGCAAACUGAUUCCCAAAGUCAGUUUAUCAAAAGUAGGAUGUGCUUCACUUAUUGGUCAACGCAAGGAGAAUGAAGACCGCUUUCAGGUCUCCCAAAUAACAGACAGUAUCCUUUACUUCGCUGUGUUUGAUGGACAUGGAGGACCGGAAGCAGCAGACUUUUGUGAAAAGUACAUGGAAAAAUUCAUCAUGGACCUUCUGCCAGAAGAGUCCAACCUAGAGUUGCUUUUAACUAGAGCCUUCCUCGAAGUGGACAAAGCUUUUGCAAAGCACUUACAUUUCACCCCAAAUGGCUUUGAAGCCUUGGAUUUCCCAACUGACAUGACCCGAGCACUCUUUGGUAGAGCACCCGCAGUGAACGCAGGAACCACUGCCACUGUGGCCCUGUUGAGGGACGGCAUUGAACUGGUGGUGGCCAGUGUAGGCGACAGCCGUGCCAUGCUGUGCCGCAAGGGCAAGGCACUUAAACUCACUGUUGACCACACUCCAGAGAGGAAGGAUGAGAAGGAAAGGGUAAAGAGAAGUGGGGGUUUUAUCACAUGGAACAGUCUGGGACAACCAAACGUAAACGGGAGGUUGGCCAUGACACGCAGCAUUGGAGACUUUGACCUGAAGAAUAUGGGAGUCAUCGCCGAGCCUGAGACCAAGAGAAUAUCAUUACAUCAUGUCCAUGAUUCGUUCCUGGCACUGACGACUGAUGGCAUCAACUUCAUUAUGAACAGCCAGGAGAUUUGUAAUGUCAUCAGCCAGUGUCCUGACCCAAAAGAGGCAGCACAAAGAAUAUCUGACCAGGCUCUUCAGUAUGGCUCAGAGGACAACAGCACCAUUAUUGUGGUACCCUUUGGGGCUUGGGGAAAACACCAAAGUUCGGACGCAAGUUUCUCCUUCAGUAGAAGUUUUGUGUCUAGUGGUCGCUGGGCUUAAUCAGCAGGACGUUGGAGGGAAAAGUGCGGGUCUAUCGGCCUGUUUUAAGUGUGCAAUACAAUCGAAUAGUGGUGCCCUUGUGAAAAAUUUGUAAAGAACAAUUUUCCCAGACAUUGAUACCUAAGGACUCUAAUAUUUUAUUGAGAGUAGCAUGAUAUUUAUUAGCCUCUGGGGACUAAGGGGCUGUGAAUUCAUGAUGUGCACUAAAUGAAAAACGUCCUCUUUAUACACGUUUUAUCUGACAGAACGUCUCAGGCGUUAUAGGUGUUUAAAAUAGAGACAUGUUUGAAUGGCAGAAAGGAAUUAACAAUGACAUGCAUACAGUUGCUGUGCAAAAUACAGUGCAACAUGACCUAUGUAAGCUAAAAGCUCAAGAGUGUCCCUGACUUUCUGCCAUUGAGACAUCUAUCCAGCUGUUUAAAAUUCCCAAGUUUUCUUGUAUAACUGAACUUGGAGAAGUUGCAUUUUUUACCACUUGCGUAAAGCCAGCAGCCUCUAAUUGGUUAUGGACCAUUUUUCAGUUUUAACAGCUGAAUUACAAGCAUUGAAAAAUUGGAGUUCUUUAUAACUGUCUGUGGUGGAGGUUUCACUAGCUAGAAGAGACUUGCUGCUCAAGUGUCACUGAGUUGAUGCCCAGUUGCACAAUUGUUAAGGAAGAAAAGAGCAAAACCCUGAAUGUUCUGUGUCUCGUAAAGGUGUGAAUGGAGUUGCUAGAUGCAGUUUUAGUGUCUGAGUUAAAGAUUUGUUUAUAAGAUAUUCAUGUUUGUUGCAGUUCAAAGAUUGCUCUUGUUUAAGUAUUGAUAUCUGUAUUUAGUUGAGACAGGUAUUGUAAGGGCACUGAAAGGUGCUCAGGGUACAGAAGUGUACAGUUUAUUUUUUGUAAAUAAGUCUAUUUAUGUAUAUCUGGAAACUCUCCGUUGCAUAUACUGAAUAACAUGGUUAAAGAGAAUCUCAUCAGGAUUUCUUACAUGCAGGAACUGAAGUGCUUGUAUUUUGUUGUAUGUAUGCUUCAUUAUUUUGCUGUAACUUGGUUGCACUCAGUAAUUUCUGAUUUAAAACCAUUUCAGUGUUUUCUCAGAAAUAGCAUAACACACUUAAUGCAACACUAAAAAAACUGUAUGGCCUCGAGCCAUGUUUGACAAUGUGAAUGUUUGCUUGAAUGCCCUCCAGGAAUAUAAUCUGUCUCAGAACGGUAACGGAGUAAUUCAGCUGCACUGUUGUUUUAGACUGGCCUCAUGUCACUGGGCUAGUUUCCUGUGUAAGGCAGAUGUAAACUAUUUGCUUGACAGUACUGCUGUUGUUGGUCUUUGGUUUGCGGUUUUUGAAGGCAGAUAAAUGCAUUACUGUAUAUUUAUCAGCACUUAUCUGUUGUGUAGGCAUCCAUUGUACAAAUUUGUAAAAACAUUUUUUCCCCAUUCUCGUGAGGGAUGGCAUCCUGGUUUAUAAUUAAAACGUCCUCCUCACAAGCCUACUCAAUUAUUCUAACAAUCACAGCCUUUUUGUUUUUUAUUUACUGUAUUUGUUUCAUUGCCUCUUCAACAUUAUCCAAGCUGUGGACCUGGAUCUGGGACCUAAAUGUUAAUGUUUUAACAGCAGCCUAAGAGUACUGUGUUGAAUGGCUUGUGACACCUCAAUAAAAGAAAAAAUACAAUGUCAGUAUU